AUGGCAUCGAGCUACCCAUCACCUUUCUCCAACCUCGAGAGGUCCUUCAGUCCCCCCGAGCUAGCCUCACCAUCUUCUACUCGAAAGCUACGAAGCAACGGUUCUACCGAAGUUCCACCACGAUCUGCUCAAGCCAUCUUCAACGAGAUCGUCCGCAAGAUCCCCACUAUCAGAGAAUUCACAGAGAUCGUCUUCGAAUCCAUACCGCCUGAACAAGGUAGUCUCAUCUGUCGCUCACUCCGGACUCUUUGGAUCCGAGUGAUGCCGACCAAACUCCAUGAUGUGCACCACAGAUGGGUCAAUCAUGCUACCCGUCGCUGGACAAGACAAGGACUGACGAACGAGGCCGAAGAUGAUCUUAUGGAUUUUGGAGUGGGAACGACUUUUGAUGGAUUUACGGGGCAAUACACGCAUUCAUCGAAGGAGCCAGACUUGUUUUUAUGUCCGGCUACAGACGACCUACCUUCAAUUGUUGUUGAAAGUGGAUUCAGUGAAUCGUGGCCGCGCUUGCACGCUGAUAAAGACCUAUGGAUGUAUGGAUCCACUACAGUCAAUGUGGUGAUCUUGUUGAAGUGGUCCAAGUGUGUCCGCAAUAGAUGUAAAGCCAAUCUUUCCGCGGCCUGUUCCUGCUCCCGAUCCCGACACCGAUGUGGUCCAGUUCACGAAGCUGGAUCUCUUUGGCAAACACAUGGUUGCCGGUCAAAACCCUAUGACGGUUCUUUCUUUGGGUUUGUCAGAACUGCGUGA